AGAUCUCCAUCUUUCACUCAACGAAUAUCAGUUCGUAUCUUGUACCUCAAACCUACCCGCUUGUUGAAGCAAUAUGGCUCCUCAGACUAUGGCAGAGAAGGCCAAGGCCAAGCUGCAAGCUGUUCUUGAAAACCCCAAUAGAAACGAUGCCACCUCUUACAAACAAAGAGUAUUGACUACCACGACACCCGCGACCGGCUCUGACUGGACCAAUACUUGGGUGCGACGAAGCAGUAACGAUCGUCGAGCCAGUGUUGGUAGUGACGGCUCAAGUGGAUCGCCUGUCCGACGUAGGUCGAGUUUCCAAGAGUGGCUGUAUCCUUCUGCUCGUUAAAUUACACUGCCGUAAAAUGAAUGGGAUCAAGUGUUGUGAUAUUUUGCUUUUGAUACUUCUUUCUUAUGCACAUUGGAAUACUGGAAGGGAUACAAUGACCAAGAUUGGCAAUUUGGACGCUUUCUUUUUCACAAACUAUACUUAUAAUAAUACACGGGCUUCUUAUUAUUUUAUUUAUUU